AUGGACCAACUUGCUCCCGAAUUGGUGGACCACCUCUGCCUAUUUUUGGACAUCCCAUCCCUUUGCUCCUUUCGCCUUACUUGCAGAGCAUUUGCCGUUAUCGCUGAGGAACAUCUCUUCCGCGACUUCGAGUUUCGCCUCUACCCCAACCACCAUAGACUGUAUCAGCUAGAGCAGCUGGCGGCAAGGCCCUCGAUAGCAUCUCGGCUGCGCUGCGUGUCCUUGGAAUCAGGUAUCCAGCUGGAAUAUGCCGACUACCGAUAUUGGCAGACUGGAGUAUACCACGACAAGAAGAAUGCUUGGGAACGGAGCCUUGUUGGAGCUACCAGGGACGAGUACACGCAGUUUCACGAGCGUCUUCAAGCCAGGUUCACCACGGACCUGGCUCGUCGAUAUGAUCUGUACCGCUGGCACCUCGAUCAACAAGCAGCAUCCAUGGCUGAAUCACGAGUGAGAAACGUCUUGAUGCGUAUAAUGGGCACGCUUAAGCAGUCAAGCCCCAGUUUGCGGCUCCAGCUGAUCAUGGCCGAGCCUCAAAUCCUGCUGGAAGAGCUUGAGGCGUUCGAUCCUGAGAAAUACGCCAACGACAAACCCUAUGAUCCCGAUCCGCGCCGCAGAGUCGCAAAUCGUCGACAGCAUUGCCUGGAUCAUUUUAUCAAUUUCCUCCAGGCGGCCAAACUUUCGGGUUGUGAAGUGGCUGAUCUCACAGCCAUCGAUAUCCCGCAGCAACUUCUCACCGUCGAUACCAUCCACGGCUCUCAAGUGCUGGAAGAGACCUUCCAAGGGCUGAAGAGACUCUGUAUGAAAAUCAGCUCUUUUCCUCACAGUGACUGGCUUUCUCGAAGCGGUACUGGAGAGAUCUACUUCGGUGGGAGGAAUUUGGCCGCAAGAAGGCUGAGGAUGUUGUUGAAUCAUCCCUCGGAGCUGGAGCACUUGGACCUAGAAUUCCCACCAGGUCUCGAGGCCGAGUACUCGUUCGAUCUUUUUGAUAGGACGAACAUCGACCGCUUCCCCCGGUUGUGGUUGCCGCACCUCAAGUCUCUUACACUUAGUCUUUUCAGAUGUACUUGGGCUGACUUGGCGGCCCUUCUGGACGAGGGUAAGAAUCUCAAGUCAUUGGCAAUGAAGGACUGUCGGCUUGAAACAGGGUCAUUGAUAGAUUUGCUUGAGCAUCUCCGCAGGCGGCGUCUUCCGAGGGUUCAGUUGCUUGGAACCUGGUACGUGGAUGAGGACUGCGGUGAAUGGCAUUCUCACAGUGAAGAGGAUUUCACAAGUUGCUUCGCUGCGAACUCGUACGAAGGUCCCUAUGCUCGAGCAGGGGUUACACAGCCUUACGCAGGAAAAUCUUGUUGCGUUAGCAACAGCACGGUCGAUACUAAUCAUGCGGUCCCCUCAACAUACACCUGCGCCGCGGAAGAACUGGUGGAAAACGAAACGCUCAACAGACCCACACACGCCUUGAUUGGGCAGUCACUGAGCGGAGAAGAAAGUGGCAAUAUCUACCGGCCAGAACAACUGCGCUAUCCAAUCUUUGAGGUCAAGCUAGGCACGUAUCGAAUCAACUACCUAUCCAAGCCGAUGGGACAGGAAGAGAUGCGGCGCACUAUGACACUGCUCAAAUUCUGCGUGUUCUUGUACUACCUGGGCUUGGCUGGGCUGGUAGUCUAUCUCUCGCUGCUUCUCCAAUCACUUCUCUAG